AUGCCCGCCCCCAAGCCCAAAGCCGACUUUGAUUGGUUGGUGUAUGACAGCAAGAAGAACCCUGGUACGUGUCGUGUCCUCGUUGCUCUACUCCCGUCGUGGUUUGCCUCCAAAGUGCGCCUCCCGCUAAGUGAGCCAUCUCUUAUGCAAUUUGCAGUCAACGGCCAUGUGCAGUCCGUAUUUUCCAUCCAGACAGGCCAGUGGUCGACUCCCGCUUUCGUCGAAAGCCCGCUACUCUCCGUACACGGACUCGCACCCGGUCUCAACUACGGCCAGCACAUCUUUGAGGGCCUCAAGGCAUUUCGGCGGCCGGAUGACGAGAUAGCCGUGUUUCGACCUGGCGAUCACGCGGCGCGCUUUCAGCGCUCGGCUGCCUUUCUCGAGAUGCCCGAGGUCCCCAAGAGCCUGUUUCUGCAGUGUGUCGACCUGGCCGUCCGCCGGAACGCCGAAUACGUCCCUCCUCACGACGUGGUUGGCGGCUCGUUGUACAUCAGGCCCCUCGAGUUCGCGUCCAGCGUACAGAUCGGGCUGGAUCCGCCAGACGAAUACACGUUCUGCGUCUACGUCCAGCCGCAUUUCGGACUCCACGCCGUCUCCAGCCUGAAAGCCCUGGUCGCGGACGAUUACGAUCGCGUUGCGACGAGGGGUGCCGGCAAGGCCAAGAUGGGCGGAAACUACGCCUGCAUCCCCAAGUGGUCUCGUCUCGCCAAGGAGGAGGGGUUCAACCUUCUGCUGCACCUGGACAGCAGCACGCAGACCAAGAUUGAGGAGUUUUCCACGUCGGGGUUCGUCGGUAUACGCGACGACGGCGAGGGGUCGGUGACGGCUCUGGUCUCGGACAGCGAGACGGUCCUCGACAGCAUCACGGUGGACUCGAUGGCACUUCUCGCGACAUCGUUCGGGUGGGGGGUCGAGAGACGGUCGAUCAACUUUGCCGAACUCGCCACCAUCACCGAGGCCAUGGCUGCGGGCACAGCGUCGGGGGUCUUAUCGGUGAGCAACAUCUACCGAAAAGCAACUGGGGAGAGGUUCGAUCUCGUUUCUGGCGGCCCUUGCUACGCCAGAAUAUCCGGUGCACUGAGGAGGAUACAGAGGGGGGUUGAACAAGACCGUUUCGGGUGGUGCAGAGUGGUGGAAAUGAAGUAG